CUACAUAUCAUUCAGACAGAACAUACACCGCGUACCCAUGCCGCGAGCACGCGACAGAUAUUCCGUGGCCGCCACGCCACACAAGUCGCCCAUGAAAAUUCCCCUCAACGAUGACCGACAGGAGAAAGCGAACCGCAUGCACUCGCGGCAGGUGCUCCACGAAGCGCAGCUCAAUUCGAUCAAAGCCGCCGCGACCCCGAUUCGGAAGAGACUCUCCCUGGCUGCGGGCGGCAGUCCGCACACACCUUUGGACGAUGAAAACCGGAUGCCACGUGUUGGCGGAAAUGCUGUAACUCCCAUGAAGCGCGGGCCAAUACUCGCAAACUUUGAGGAGUGGAUGAAGAUGGCAACGGACAACAAAAUCAAUGCAGCGAAUUCCUGGAACUUUGCGCUCAUUGAUUAUUUCCACGACAUGUCGCUACUCAAAGAGGGGGACGGCGUCAAUUUCCAGCGCGCCAGUUGCACAUUGGACGGCUGCGUCAAGAUCUAUACCAGUCGAGUAGACAGCGUCGCAACCGAGACGGGCAAGCUGUUGAGUGGUCUGGCAGACAGCGGGAACAAGAAAAAGCACGGGGAUAACGCAGACCAGGAUGGGGAGGUUGAGGGUGAUGACGACGAAGAGGAGAACGAAGACGGCACAAAAAAGAGGAAGAAGCGGGCACAGAGGUCGUCGGAGGCUACUCUUGCUACGGGGUUCGCCCAGUUGCAAUUGAAAAAGAUGGAAUUGGAGUUCUCGGUAGAUCCUCUAUUCAAGAAGGCUUCCGCGGAUUUCGACGAGGGUGGUGCGAAGGGACUUCUUCUCAACCACCUCGCUAUUGAUUCUAAGGGGCGGAUAGUCUUUGACAGCAGUGACGAUGUCCAGGACGCGUCUGCCGAAGAGCGCGAAGAAAGCCUCGCUCUCGAAACAUCAGAAAUACCGGAAGCCCAACCUGAGGAAGAGCGGAACGCCGACAUCGACAUAUCUGGUCUUGCUUCGAAAUACUUCCCUGACUUGGCACGGCUAGAUGAGCAAGACAUAUGUCCCUCCCUCAAAAACCUCGACCUUGGCGAUCCAAGCGGCUCACUAGAUCUCCCUUUCCUCAGAGCUCCAGAAGAUUGGAGACAAGAUAAGGACAAUGCGGAACCAGAAGGCGACCGUUCUGGAAUUCUGCUAGAUGAGGAUAACGUUAUGGGCUUCGAUGAUGACGACGAUGGUGGACUAGGUGGUUUCGAUAUUCCUGCUGAUGCUGGCUUCGGCGAAGGAGGAGAGGCAUGGGCAAGAGAAGCUGCGCUAGAACCUCAGAUGCGUGUGCAUACCAUGGGUCUGGGCAACGGGGAUGAAGAAGGGAAUGGUGAGGUUGGGGCUUUUGAAACCGGAAGCGCGCAAUACGGCAUCUCGCUUCAGCAUGGCAAAGGAGACGAACAGGAGAACAUACUAAACUACUUUGACCAGGCUUUACAGAAGAACUGGGCUGGGCCUGAGCAUUGGCGGAUCAGGAGGAUAAAAGAUAUUGCCAAAACGACGACGCCGACAAAGCGGAAAGAAAAGGAACCAUUUGAACUGGAUUUCCUAGCGCCUCUCUCACAGCCCGUUGCAGAUGCCCUAUACACCCCAGCAACCACCAACUCGACGAUCUCUAUGCCCAAAACACAAUGGAAAUCGAAAACAAGGAAUCUUCUGCCAGACGACAAGCACUUCAACUCGCGCCAGCUGCUCCGACUUUUCCUCAAGCCAAAGGCCCGCAUGGGCUCUCGAAAAGCUAGAAACGGCGCACAACAGGCUAAACCGCCAACCGAAGAAGUCGACGAGGCGUAUUGGGCGAAUGCGGAGAGUAAUCCCGAUCCUAUGGCACCGGGAGACGAGGGAGUUGAAGGGAACUACAACGCUGACUUCUUCAAUGAUGACGCGCUGGACAUGCCAGGUGGUAUGGACGACGACGACGACGACGAUUUCGCCGAUGCUCGAGAGCACUUCUCGCCUCCAUUGGAAGGCAUGGACGCAGGUCCAAUCGCCCUGGAUGGCGUGCUCGGUGCUCAGCAGGAUGGCGCGUUCGGGGCACAGCUUGUCACACAGAGCCGGAGAAUGCGACCGGAGUACGUCCAGUACGCGCGGGUAGCAAAGAAAGUCGAUGUGCGGCGGUUGAAGGAGGAGCUAUGGCGCGGUAUUGGCUUCAAAGACACAACGUCGGAUCAAGUAUUUACUCCUGCCAAAGCUGCUCCAGAAACCAUCAUAACACCCGACGACGCGACUCUCAAGUUCACAGAUGUGAUCAAUGGACUCCAAUCCGUCUACCCCAAGCAAGCUAUGGCGGAUAUCUCGACUUCGUACUGCUUCAUUUGUUUACUACAUUUGGCGAACGAAAAGGGGCUCGUUAUCACCAACCAGGAAAACUUCGAGGACUUGACUAUUCGCAGAGACUUUUCCGCUGAUCUGAGCGCUGGCGGGGACUGAGCACUGGUUUGGCCUAGUAUAAUGAACGAAUGUGCAUUUAUGGCGGUGUGCUUGGGAUGGUCGGCGUUGGGACCUCGAUUGCUGCGGGUGGGACGGAAAUACAAUAGGCGUUGGGUGGGUUGACGACGUUCUGCAUAAUGUCGCUUUAGUAUGAACCGUGUAAUGAUGAAGAUUGGGUUCAAUGCCCUCUCGCUUCUAAUUCGAUGUCCUCAUAUGCCCUUUGACUGGAGAAGGCUCACUUUCGAGAAAGGCAACUCGUGGCACACUGAAAAAGUGUGGAAGCUAGAGCUCCUCAAAACAUUUCGAUGCAUCAAGAUGCCUCUGCCACCCAGCCAAAAUUCUUAGUCUCAAUUUAGGGUGUACGGCAAAAACGUUAUCACACAGGGUCUAUUUCAGAAUUCAAUUGUCCAGAGGUCGUGAAUCGGACCUUUGCAAUUGAAGAACGAGGAAGGCUCAUUAGGGGUG